AUGAUAAAUAAUCAAUACAAUACCUGGAAAUUAAGCAAUGUGCUUACCUUUCGUUGUACUUGUAUAUCUAUCUUGAACAGGUUGAAAAUGAGUAUCACUGACGUUCUUAGUGCUGCAGAUAUUGCUGCUGCCCUGAAGGAGUGCCAAGACCCAGAUUCCUUCAACCACAAACAAUUCUUCCAGACCUCUGGCCUGGCCAAGAAGAGUGCUAGUCAGGUGAAGGAUAUCUUCCGGUUCUUAGACAAUGAUCAAAGUGGAUUCCUUGAUGAAGAUGAACUCAAGUUCUUCCUCCAGAAGUUUGAAAGUGGUGCUAGAGUGCUGACCAGCUCAGAAACGAAGUCCCUGAUGGCUGCUGCAGAUCAAGAUGGAGAUGGCAAAAUUGGGGCCGAUGAAUUCCAGGAAAUGGUGCACUCUUAA